AGGAUGAAAUCGCACAAAAAGCUGCAAAAACUUUGACAAAGCAACGGUUCUCUAGAUCUCACUGCCUCGUUAGUCUAAUCUAUUUCUCUCAUAUUUAACGAACAAAUCUUAAUUUAAUUGACAAAAUCAAAGCCCAUAAUCUCUCCCCUCCUUCCUCCAAAAAUUCAAGCGUUUCUACCAUCAUCUCCAAUAUAGCAGCAGCUGCUGCACUAAGCCACUACUAGCAGCUGCAGCUUUUCAUGGUUUAGCAAGAAGGAAAAAUGGCAGUGUCUAAUUUGAAUCUGACUCCGACGAUUCUUUCUUCCUUUUCUUCUUCUCGUUGCUGUUACUGUUAUUUAUAUCGAAAUCCCGAAUCAGUUUUAACAGAAAAAGCGAUUGUCCAAAACGCUCUCUGAUUUGUUCGGGUUUUGUUAAAAAAACUGCUUCCUCCUCCUCCUUUGGAAUUGGAGUAUCUGUUUCCAGGUUUUCGAGAAAGAGUGAUUUCGAAUCCAACAACAGCAAGUGGAUUUUGAAUGCCACUACUGAUACUCGCAUUCUUGACAAUGCCGCGGCUACAGCCACUGUUGAAAUCCCCGUCACUUGUUAUCAGUUGAAUGAAGUGGCAGGUUGUUGGUGUUCCUGAUAAGGCAGAGAAGGAUGAGAUUGUUAAGUCGGUGAUGCAAUUGAAAAAUGCUCAAAGGAAGAGGGUUAUACCUUGGAUGCUGUUAUGUCUCGGCAAGAUCUUCUAAUGGAUGCAAGGGAUAAGCUUCUUUUUGAACCAGAAUAUGCUGGGAAUGUGAGGGAGAAGAUCCCACCUAAAUCCUCUCUGCGAAUUCCAUGGGCUUGGUUGUCUGGUGCCCUUUGCCUGCUUCAAGAGGUUGGGGAAGAGAAGCUGGUGCUGGAUAUUGGCCGAGCAGCUCUCCAGCAUCCAGAUGCUAAGCCAUAUUCUCAUGAUGUGCUUCUAUCCAUGGCAUUGGCAGAGUGUGCAAUUGCGAAGAUUGGUUUUGAGAGGAACAAAGUGUCCCUCGGAUUUGAAGCUCUUGCUCGUGCCCGGUGUCUUCUUAGUUGUAAAAUCUCACUUGGCAAGAUGGCAUUACUAUCUCAGAUAGAAGAAUCUCUGGAGGAGCUUGCACCUGCCUGCACAUUGGAAUUAUUAGGCAUGCUGCACUCUCCUGAAAAUGCAGAACGGAGACGAGGAGCGAUUGCUGCCCUGCGUGAAUUGCUGAGGCAGGGCCUUGACGUGGAAACAUCAUGCAGAGUCCAAGAUUGGCCAUGUUUUCUGAGCCAAGCACUUAACAGACUCAUGGCUACAGAAAUAGUUGACUUGAUCAUGCGUAACUUGUAUGAAAUUUAUGCAUUUUUUUUUAUGAUAAAGUUAAUGGUAAAAUCGCGUGCCUUUAAAAAAACAAGUAAAAUGGCAUUUAAAUUAGUCUUGUGAUUACAUUCUGCAUAAAUUAGCAAUACAACUAAAAACACGUGGAGUUGAUUCAUAUAAAUAAUGAACCAAGUUAAUACAUUUUCUUA